AUGCAGACCCUGCUGCUUCAACUGGAGCAAACGCUGCCGGCAUCACCUGAAGACUACGGGAGCGAAGGUUUCUAUCCGCGUGAUGCAGAUAAUGACGGUCCCGAAGAGGAAGCUGGCGGUUACCGUGGGGAUGCAUCACUCGAGAUGGCAAUCGAACGUAAGCGGCACACAUUUGUGACAUCACUUCGUGCUAUGCAAGCAAGCUUUCCAGACGUGUUCUAUGACGCACCCUCGCAAAGCCGCCGCAAUCGCGCCUGUACCUCGACGGCGUGCGUGGAGUACGCCCGCCGACUGCUGCGCCAGAUCAACACCAGCCGCGACCCCUGCAACGACUUCUACGCGUACGUGUGCGACGACUGGGUGCGGGCGCGGCCGCUGCCUCUCGGUAGUGAGCGGCUCUCGGUGGACACUGCCCUGGUGGACGGCUACGCUGAGCUACUCGCCUCGGGACUGCGCGACAAUGCGACCAGCCGGUUCCCGCCGCUGCGCUUCCUCAUCGACAACUGCCUGCGGCCGCAGCCGAACCUCUUCCACGCCCUGCGGGCCAUGUUCAUGGAUGCAGCCCGGCUUCGACCAUGGAUGGCGCAAUCGAGCGCGCGCCGCCGUCCGUCGCCCGUCGAGGUGUCGCACAAGUUGGGCGUCGCCUACCGCGAGCUCGGCGUCGACGCCCUCUUCAGGCCCUUCGUGGUCAAAGAAGUCUCCUCAAAUGACACCCGCCGCUUCGUGGGGCUCGGCGAGCCAUCCACGGUGCUCCUGCGCGGCCCGCUCGAGCGCCGAGAGUAUGAGCUGGUGCGCGUGAGCUUCGCGCCCCUGCUGGGCUUCUUCCAGAACCAGACGGACGCCGACCUCCUCCAGUUCGAGGAGAGACUGGCGCUCAUGCUCGGCCGGCCGCAACUGGACGCCGCGGCGCUUGUCAAUGCCAGCAUGGUCAAGGUGUUUGACCUGCCCUCGCUGAGGAACAUCGAGUGGACUAGCUUCCUGCAGAGCGUGUUCGGCAAAGGGCUUCGUCCCAUCACGGCCCGGACGUACGUAAAGCUGGCUUCGCCUGACUACUUCCUUCGCUUGGCGCGUGGGGACCUGCUGCGCUUCUCGAGCGACCUGCUGGGCUACCUGCUCUUCCGCAUCACCAUGGCGCUGUCGCCUUUCAUCUGGAAGCGCGAGCUCCGCGACCAGCUCGCCUCGGUGGCCUACGCGCGACACCCAGAGUUUGCGCGUGCUCUCCCGCAGAGCCACUACUGCCUGCGCCUGCUGAACCGCUUCGAGCCAACCUGCCGCUGCACGUGUCGCGGCGCCUCGCCGAGUCUCUGUUGGGAGGCGCAACUGGGCCCACUGAACAGCGAGCUGCGCGCGCACCUUCGCGACAAGCUGAACGCCGUCUCGUGGGAGCCCCUGUCGCCCCGCGCUAUGGACAGCGAGUCGACGCGAGCCGAGUACGUGGACGGCGUCUACCUGAGCAACUCGCGCCUCUCCACGGCACAGUUCGUCUACACCUGGAUCCGCAAGUCGCUCGAGAAGAAGCUGAUGGCGCACAUGAGCACGCGUGCGGCUGCCGCAGGCGGCGUGGCGGCCUACCCGGGCUGGACGGGCGGCUUCCUGAGCGCCGAGAGCCAGUUGCCACCACCGUACGAGAGGCUCGAGAUCCCGCUGCCCGUUUUCGACUUCUUCCUCAACGAGGACCCGUCUCUGCGACCCUUGCAGAUGGCUAGGGCGGGCACGAAGGUGUACCGGCCCCUACUGCGUGCCGUCUACCACUGGGCCUACAACUUCGAACGCGGCAGCAACGCAUACGGAGCCGAGACGGCCCUGUCGCGUCGCAUGAACGACUUGAGGCGCUGCCUGAAACGCCAGUACUCUGCCAUGUCCUGGACCGAGCAGAGGCCGCAGCUGGACGCAUCGCGCACUUCGUGGUCUGACCUGUGGGGCAGCCUGGCGUUGCGGCCGGCACUGGACGCGUUCCUGCUGGACAGUGGUCGCGUGGCGCCUGACUAUCGGCUCGCCUUGCUCGAGCACUGGAACGCCAGUCAGCUCUUCUUCGUCUCGUACGCCGCCAACAUGUGCGAGAACGGCAACCAGCGCUUCCUGCGCAAGAUGGCCGCCCAGGGACCACACAGUCCCGCCUGGUUCCGUGUUAACGGCCCGCUGCGCAAUUCGCUGGAGUUCGCGCGUGCUUUCGGCUGCAAGGUCGGUUCGUUCAUGAACCCCGCCGACAAGUGUGCCCUAAUUCACUGA